CGUACCUUAGGUAUCAUUGCAGAGCAGGAAUGCAUGAACAUAUGCCAGCAGGAAGUUCAACACCCCCAAUCGUCGAGAACACCAGCGUCACUUCGCACGGUUUGGAAACGCCAAUCCGACGCAAACGGCCCAAGAUCUCGCUGGCCUGCAACAACUGUCGUUACCGGAGAAAGCGUUGCGAUGGCAGGCAACCCGUAUGCGCAGUCUGUGAGCGACGUCUCGUCCAGUCUACCUGCGUAUACGAGCGGCCUCCGCUUGACCUUAACAGGCAAGCACUUGAUCCACGACGAGCCGAUCAUGUUGAGCAACUUUCCUUCAACCCCAGGUAUCCUUCUCGGUCUGGCUUAGCCGAAUCACACGAUCCGGCGCAGCGACGGGAAUUCAAUGGUGAUCGUUCUAUGGAUGGAGUAGCAACAGUUGCUGCCGGCGAGCACGAUCCGGCAGUAUAUGGCAGCUCUUCUACGAUUGCCUUCGUCCAGCAUGUCACUGAUGGCAUACAGACACCGAACGAGUCUCCGGGAGCCCCCAGGGUCAACAGCAUCAAACCCCAUCCAGGCCAAGGUGGAAAAGGAGAGCUAGGUUCGCAUCCAGAAAUCACUCGCGAGAAAGACGAUGCUGCUGCUGUCUUUCCGCAACGUGGAAAUGCGGACGAUUACCUCCACUGCUAUUGGGAGUUUAUUCAUCCUGUUUUCCCCAUCGUCCACAAAUCUUCUUUCAUCAAGCAGUACGAGAGACUGUGGCUGCCUGCUGAUGCACGAAGCUCCUCCGAGAACCGUUUUGAUGUCGACAGUACAAUCUAUUGUUCAAUGCUGAAUCUCGUUUUCGCUUUGGGCUGUCAAUUCAGUAACCUUCUUCCUUCUUCCAAAAGAGCAUCAAUGGCCGACGAGUUCUAUCAGCGAUCACGGAAAGUCUUCCUUUUUGAGAUCCUUGACUCGUCCUCAUUGCCUCUGGUACAAUAUCUUCUCCUCCAAGGUGCUUACCUCCAAUCUUCACGCUAUGCUACUCGCUGCUGGAAUGUUGUCGGACUCGCAAUAAGAGUAGCCCAAAGCUUGGGCUUACAUCUUCCUCUGGGACGGAAGGGCGAGACUCAGUUGGUGCGGGAGAUGAAACGCAGAGUCUGGCAUACAUGUGUGGUACUGGACAGACUCCUUGCCAUGACUUUUGGACGACCAACCAUGCUUCCGGACGCUGGGAAAGUUCCUAUUCCUCUUGUGAUCGACGAUGAAUAUCUUCGGGAUGAUUCAGAAGAUGGAAUCCAGCCCGCGAGUGUCCCGUCUCGUCUAGGCUUGUUUACCUCAUCUUGCAAGCUAUUCGAAUACCUUGGUGAGAUCCUAAAGGCCUUCUAUGUGGGAGAAUCAGAGCCCCAGGACAUGAUCGAAAAAGCUCUAAGGUUCAACGGUCGCCUCGACGAAUUUGCGAACUCGGUGCCAAGUUAUUUGCAAAUGUCGCAGGUCUCCCGAAUGGUCAUCUCUGAGAAGAAUAGCUGCGUCAGUCUACAACAGCAGGUAUUAUAUUGCAGGUUUUUGUAUGUCCGGUUGUUGUCAUUGCGGCCGCUUCUUCUUCAUGCUACAAGCCGUAGGCGGCAAAACGUAGACAGAACCUCGAACGAUAUCUGGAUGUCAUCAUUGGACAAGGACUUGAUCCAAAGAUGCUGCAACGUUUGCGUUGAGACCGCCCACCGCCUCAUCGAGGUCAUACAUCAGCAUCUUGACACUGCAUAUAAGAGCGCCGGGUGGCAUUCGGUCUACUUCACAUUUGCAGCGGCCGUCCUCCUGCUCGCCGCCCAGCAACGUAUCGACAUCAAUGUGCAAAGUACAGGCUAUUGCUUCGAGACGAGUUGGAAUCGUUGCCUGUCAAUUUUGGAGCACUACAAAGAGCAAAUAGUUUCGGCGCCGCAAGCAAUAGCUGUUCUUCAAAGACUGAGAGGUCAAACGUCCCCAACGCAGCCUCACCCUCAUCUUCAAGGACUCGGAAAUGCUGCCGGGACCGACAACCCUGAAGGUCUAACUGAUGGUGCUCCGUUCGGAAUCGAGCACAUGGAAUCUGAUGCACUCCAAGAGUUCGACUUCAGGCAAUUCAACCCUUUCGGCGGAGAUUGCAUAUCAGACGCCUGGUUCGGACAGCAUCUCACGAACCUGGACUUUUUUGACUUGGAUCCAGACAUACUGUGACCCUUCCUUCUUUGUGCUGCCAAAUUCGAGACCCGAUUCUGAACGAAGGCUGUUAUCUCUGCAGCCUUUUCCCCAGUUCUUCUCUGGCUUGUUCGCACAUCUUGGCUACGUCAACCUCUCCAAUGAUUCCGUUUUGCCUAUUGAUCUCCGCCUCGAUCUUGGCAAAGUCCCUCCCGACACCCUUCGCUCGCCACUCAUAGCAGUCUCCGAUAUGUCGACUGGCCUGAACGAGCCAAUGGCCUCUUUCUUUCCUUUCGGCAUCGAACGUCGCAAAAACAGCCUCCAGGUGCUGUGGCUCUCGGACACGUUGAUCGGCCAGCAGCUCCGCGAGCACCGCGCUGUCCUCAAUGCAGAGUCCCGCUCCUGCACCAUGAUGUGGAGACGUUGCAUGUGCGGCGUCUCCAGAUAUGCAAACGCGGCCCUUAUGCAUGGCUGGUACUGGAUGCUCACCAAGGUCAAAGAUAGCCCACUGGAACAUGGUUAGGCACAUGACACUCCUCGGCAAUCUUCAAUCGACUCACCACAUCCAGAUCUGGCUUCGUCAAUUUCAACAAGUUGAUCACCUUGGAACCGUACCCAGUGAAGUCGCGGAGGGCGUCUUCGCGCUUCGCCGGCCUCGUCAACUUGUUGAAGUCAGGCCACUCCUCCGGCGAUGUUCGGAACGCGACAAUGUUCAACGUUUGACCAUGGUUAACUGGGAAGGUGAGGACGUGACCAUCGGGGCCCAUCUGUCACGUCAGUCACUAUUUCGGGGCGGUGGCCGAUUGCUACAUACGUGCAUGCACGCGUUUUGCGCCAAUUCUUCUCCAACAGCCUCAAUGGCCUUGUCCAUCGGCGCCAGGCCUCGGUAAGCGUACUUAUGCGUAUACACCGGAUACGCAGAAGGAUGAUCCCGACCGACAAUGAUCUGCCUGACCGUCGAUUUGAUCCCGUCACAACCGAUGACCGCAUCGGCUUCGGCGCUCGUACCGUCCUCAAACUGCAUCACCAGCUUCCCAUGGCCGUUGUCCUGGAUUCCUUUCAGUCUCUUUCCAAAACGAGCGAUUUCUUUGGGCACCAAAUGCACCAUCUCGUCCAGAUACCGCGCGCGAUGCACAC